AUGGGCAGUCAAGCCAUGAGUGCUCUUGCUCCAUUCUCUCCUUGGAUUCCCGAGGAUGAUAUUUUGCUCAGGAACGCGGUUGAGGCUGGUGCUUCUUUGGAGUCACUUGCUAAAGGGGCAGUGCAUUUUUCUCGAAGAUUUACUAUUCAUGAACUGCAAGAUCGGUGGUAUUCUCUCCUAUACGAUCCGGUUGUUUCUGCCAACGCUUCUGCUCGCAUGGUUGAGUUCGAGUGUUCCACUCCAACUCUCCCUGUAGAUAGACCAGGAAAUUCAAAAGAAAACAAAUGUGAAUCUGGAAAGAGAAAAGCUGAAAGUGUACGCAGUAGUUACUAUGCUCUGCGUAAAAGGAUCUGCAAUGAGCCAUUUAACUCCAUGGGCCUUAAUUUUCUUGUUCAACCCAGUAAUAAUAAUUAUGUUGGAAAUGAAGAUGAGCCUUUUUAUGGAAAUUGCAUGACUGGAGAUCCGACCCCUAUUGGCCUCGAGAGGUCAGAUAUGGAUACUCUUCAAAAUCUGAUGGAUGGUGGCACUGCCACUGGCGGUGUAGUUACUGCUGAUACCUUUCAUACAAGACUCCAGAUUCCAGCUGAAAAUGAUUUUCAUAUGGAACAGGAUAAUAUACAUGAAGAAGUUCCUCACAUUCUUGGAGACAAUAUGCCCUUCUCAAGGAAUGGAUCUGAGGUGGAGGAAUUCAAUCAGCCGAAGGAAUUGCCAGAGUGCAGCCUGUUCAAUGCUGAUGACUUAGGAAUGGAACCUCCGUAUACACUUGAUCAAAUUAAUGGUGACGAUGGAAAUAUGUGCACAAAGUUUGAAGGGAACCAAGCCUUUAAUUCAUCCGUUUCAGACAAUGGUGCAUCGUUUCACAACUUGGAGUAUUCAUCUCCACUUCCUGGGAUGCCUAUCUGGAGAACAGGUGCAGAACCAGCUAUGCCAGUUGAUGUUGAUGUUGAUCUUGGAGAAAAUGAUCUAUGCACCAGCGAUACUUUUGAACUUCCUGAUGAUAUUGAUGCUAACAACACAAGAACAUCAGAGUAUGAUGUUCAACUGGGGAUGGAGGUGAAAGCUGACAUGCCAUGUGGUGAUUUCAAGAGUGCAGCAGCUCCUGCGAGUACUGAAGGUUAUUUGGCAGAAUUGUCCAAUUCACUUUUGAACUUUACUAAUGAGGAGCUCAUGCUCAUGACUGCUGAUGGAAAAGACGUGAUUGAUAAGUCUUACUAUGAUGGCCUGAGCUCACUUUUGUUGAGUUCACCAAAUGAUGAUGCUCGUCAAGAACAGACGAUUGAUAUAACUGAGCCAGAAACAUCUGUAACUCCAGUGAUGUAUUCCAUGAAUCCAUCUAGUUCGGAUCCUGGAGUGGUAGAUGACACUAAGGGGUCCCAAAAUGCUGAUGAACAUAUGGCUUGUCAUUCGGAGACUCUGAUGCAAUCAUCUUCAACAGCUUCAAACUAUCAAUAUCCUGAACUGAAAGAUGGAGUUAUCUGCUGCACAUUAAACACCGAGGACUUGGAAAUUCCAUGCAAUGAUGAUGUUUUUCUACCAAAUCAUGUUCUUCAGUCAUCAACUUUCUCUGAAGUAGAAUGGGAUUUGCAAGAAGUGAAUAAGCUAAUAUCUUCAUCCAGUAAUGAUUUACCUGUUAAUCAAAGAAAUAGUGACACAGGGCCGUGCUUUAUGCACACAGAGAAAAAAAAGCCUGGAGAACCUCAUAGGUCUUCUCCGAUUAAAGGAUCACACCGCUUACAAGAAAUGAAUCCAAAACCUCCACUGGAUAAUUUUGGGGUUAAAUUUGAGCUGUCCAAGACUGACCCCAGUGAAGCGGCUUCUAAGAAUCCAGGUCAUGUGAGUGAAGGUCUGGGUCAGAUUUAUUCAGCCAAUCCAAAUACAAAUCCUGUACCUGGAAUUCUGAAGAAAGAGACUAGACAAAGUAUAUUGGCAAAGCGCCUCAGCUAUAACUCAACUGAGCUUCAUAUGGAGAAGCCAGAUCUUGAUUAUAAUAGCUUUAAAAGCUAUCCUCGGACAAAUGCUCGUGUCAGUAAACAGGAGCUUGAUCCAACUGCUACAAGUAGAGAUCAUGAAGCAUUACAUGCAGAAGUGAUGCCCGAGCAUGAUGCUGUCUCAGAACCAGAAUUAAGCCCACGGACGUCAAAUCAACUGGGGCUUUUUGAGAGUGAUGAUGAUGUACCAUGUUAUUCGGAUAUAGAGGCAAUGAUACUUGAUAUGGAUUUGGAUCCAGAUGACCAGGACUUGUAUUCUCAUGAGGAAGUCUCAAGAUAUCAGCAUGAGGACACUAAGAGGAGAAUCAUAAGGCUGGAGCAGGGUGCUUAUUCGUAUUUGCAAAGAGCCAUUGCAUCUCAUGGAGCAUUUGCCAUUUUGUAUGGGCGUCAUUCUAAGCAUUAUAUUAAGAAGCCAGAGUUAUCUUCUUUGCAGGUUUUAUUGGGUAGAGCAACUGAAGAUGCGAUUGUUGACAUUGACUUGGGAAGAGAAGGACGUGGUAAUAAAAUCUCUCGACAACAGGCAAUGAUAAAGAUGGACAAAGGCGGAUCUUUCUAUCUGAAAAAUCUUGGGAAGUGUUCAAUCUCAGUAAAUAGCAAGGAAGUAGCCCCUGGACAGAGUCUAAGCCUUAGUUCGAGCUGCUUGAUUGAGAUUAGGGGAAUGCCAUUCAUAUUUGAGACGAACCAAACUCGUGUGAAGCAGUAUAUGGAUAGCGUGACCAAGGUUAGCUCAAAGCAGGAGUAG